AUGUUAAUAAUUACAAUAGAAAAUUCCGAUGAUAUGAGUGGUGGGUGUCUCUCUCCUGCUUCUCGAAUACGUAUUGCUGCUGACGUGCAUCGACACAGUACCAGUGAUGAUGAUAGCGGAUGUAUAUUAGAAGAAUAUUCAUGGGUUCCAAGUGGAAUCAAGCCUGAUAUGAUUCAUAUGUAUUUCGCGUGUCUGCCGGAGGAUAAAAUACCUUACGUUAAUUCAACAGGUGAAAAAUGGCGUUUGAGACAAUUACAGUAUCAGUUACCACCUCAAGACUCUGAUCAUCGUUACUGUUUUAAAUUAUACCCAGAAGAAGAACGUGAAUGGAAGGAAUUUGAACAGAGAAGGAAACGUGAAUGUCUUGGACGGGGAAUUAUUAAACAGUUACCCUAUGAUAACAAACGUCGACAUUGUCAUCAGGUAUUUUCUUCAUUUUGUUCUGAUAUCUUUUUACUCUUAUCAUUCUAA